AUGUCGAGUAGCGAACAACCUCAAGCGCCAACCAAUGGUGAAGUUAAUACUACCACUGGAGUUGAUACACCACCACCACGUGAGCAAACCGAAUUAUCAAGAAUGUUCGAAAACCGGUCAAUAACAAAAUGGAGAAUAAUCUGGGAAGGUUUUCGUUUGGUUUGCUUAAUUAUCAUCACAAUUAUGGUUGCAUGUCUGAUUUCAAAAGUGAACUUCGAUAGUGGACCAAAUGAUAUUAAAUCAAAUUAUAAAACUAUCCUCAAUAUAUUCACAAAUGUCUUAUUUUUACUGAUCCCUAUUUUAGCAAGUUAUUUUAUUUCAGAUGAUAAAAUUAAACAGACAUUUGGUGAUUUAAUCUUUUUAGGGGCCCAUAAGCUUUUAUCAUUUCCAAGUAUGGUUGAGGCAAGAGAAAGAGUCAUGAUAAGUUUUGUUAGAAUCUGUUUAUGCAUAGGGUUACUUGAUGUUGGUAUUGCUGCUAUUGUUAUUGAAGAGUUAAUCUUCAAUGAAGAUUCAAAAUAA